UCAAAACACAGAAGCUGCCAGCCUCCCGAACGAGGCCCAGCUCUGCGGAUAAAUCAGCAUUUCGUGAAGAGAGGAUCGAGGAUAUAGAGAAAUUUUUGAUCGAUCGGAUUACGAGUGCGAGUGCGAUAUCGAUAUGAUUAGCCACGCGAAUUGACUCUUCGAAAGUGAGAGGAAGCGCUCGGAAGAGAAGCGAAAAUGAUGAUGCCGCCACCCGAGGUCGUGGGUGUCUUGCUGAAGAAACCGGGACAACGGACUCACCCACGAUUACCCUCCCUGGAUCCACAGGAGACCAAAAUUAGAGGCGAGCUGUACGUGGAAGAUCUGAGCGAGAAGAGGACGGUUUCCAUCAGGAUGGGCUGGCUGUGGGUCGAAGGUACCGCGAUGAAACUGCCGUUGCGAGCGUUGAAUCUCCGUCAGGCACCACUCAGCAUCUGUCAACCGCAUACAUUCGCAUUGGGUUUCACUCUGAGCGACUCGCAAGGUCGAUCGCUCGCCACCUUUUGGGCGGACACGGAACCGAUCUAUUGGUCUUGGGUCAGAGCGAUCGCGGCCGAACUAGUCCGACAAACGCCGUUUCGUGCUCGGCGAUGUUUCAACUUCCUGGAGAUACUGACCAUUUGUCCGAGAGGCUCGGUUCCGUUGCCGGACAGCCCGACGGAAACGAGGAGGCGAUCCCGCAGUGAAUUACGUUGCUGGCCGAGCGACUCGCCGACGGAGAAGACGAGUGCGAUAUGCACGACGACGAUCCUCGAGGAUUCCAGGAGGAGGGCGAGGAGCGAGCUGCGCGGUUGGUCCAGCAACUCGAGCGACGAGGACCUCCUGGGAGAAUUUCGCAGCAUACCCACUGUGAUAAGCAACAAGGAUCAACCGGUCAGCAGGGCGUGGGGUUGCAGCGAGAGCAGCGAGGGUAGCGACGAUAGUCUCCCUUGGGGCGGCGUAUGCCGGUCCAGCGCGGAUUCAGUGGACUCCCGCAGCAUCCCCUUACCGGAACCAGAAACGAGAGAGCAGAGGAUACAGAGGUACAAAGAGGCUCGCAGACGCGAGAAUGAAGCGAGAAGUCGACGAGUGCUCGAGGAAGACGCUAGGCGAAAGGCGAGAGCCGAGGAGAACAACAAUUUGCCGAGGAUAUACGGUAGAAGUAGGAACAGGAUCUGUUCCGCCAAUUCCGAUAACGAUGACGUCCGUCCGACGCGCUCAUCCAAAAAGGAACUUGCCGUCACGAUGUCGAUCGACACGCGAACGCAAAAUGAGAAUCCGAUCGUCGAUCGAUUACCUCCACUUAAAUCAAACGAGUCCUCCACGGUGAGAUUUACCGAGGAAAAUUACCGAAACGAGGACGACAAGCGAAAUAAUAAUAACAGCCCAAAGAAUGGAAGCGGUAGCCCUGGAAUACUCAAAUCGGACAUCAAUGAAAGGAGAAGUAGAGCUAGAGAGAGAAGGAUCUUUCAGAGGGACAAGGGGCAGCUGUCGCAAACCCAGCAAUUAAUUGGUACCACUACUACCGUUACCACUAUCUCUAUCACCAUUACCACCACCACCACCACCACCACCACCACUACAAGCAAUAUGGAAACUCUUCGAGAACGAAAAGAACGUUUGGCUCUUUUGUCUUCCAGAAUUCCCGUUCCUCGUCAGUCGUCACAACCAUGCCUGAGAUCUAUAGAUCCAAUUGUAUUUCCGAAGUCACCGAGUUCCCCGUCAGCCUUGAUGAUGUCACCUUGCGAAGAGGAUGUCGCCAAGCUUCUAGAAAGAUGUCAGAGGGUGGACCACUACGUACCGGUAAGGGAGAAAUUGACUCUAUUCGAAUCCCUAUCGAGAUUAGGCGGUCGUCUAGCCAGAAGCACGGAGGAUCUCGGCCGAACGUCUUCCAAGCCCAGUCCGAGAGGCAAGCAACGCGCUAGAUCUCUCCACGAUCUCAAUCGAGGCGCCAGAGCCGUGCCCGUGAGAGAGAUGUGUCGGUUCUUCGAGGGUGAUCCGGAGCAGGAAGGCGCUUGUCAGAAGGCGAUGAAUCUUGCGAAAACGCGAUUCAGCGAUCCGCCCGCGAAGAACACAUGGAAAGAUCCAAGUUCGAGGCAUGAAGGAUUCUGCAUCGGCGCUUCUGCGAGAAAGAAGCAUUAUCAAAAGUGAACGAGACUGUAAUAAUAAGUCAAGUUUCUUUCUAAGAUAUUUAAGAGAAAUCGGGAAUAAAUAUUUCUUCAAGUUCACGAUCGCCUCGUUGAGAUUGAAAUAUCGACAAAAUAAUUAUCUUAUUAUCAUUCUUAUAUCUCUUCCUAUCGGUAUUAGUUUUUGUUGUAAAUUAUACAGGUUUCUUGCAAGACUGGCCAGAAAAUAUUUUCAAACGAACAAGAUAGAUUUUUCCAAGAAUCCAAAAUCAAUAUAUAUAUAUAUAUAUAUAUACGAGUUCUCUAGCGUGUAAUUGAUAAAUUGUAAGUGUAGAGAAGAAUCGAUAAAGUAAGCCGCCAAAAACGACGAGCAAGAGUCUUUCUUGCUCACGAUGACAAUCGGUUUCUCGACGAUCCUCCGACGAACUCCCGGAAUGCGAAACCAAUUCGAUUUAGUCGCGCUUAUCAAAUAUUUAGAUUAGAACUCGGCUCUGUUGAUCGCGUGUCGCGACGAUUGUCACACUUGCGCCGAGAGAAAGUCGCCGCACGCGCGGGCUUUUUUUUCACGCUCGAGGCUCCCUGUGCUCGAUUCUCUCGAUUACUGGUUGUCGCGAUCGGCCGUCAAAGUGAUGGGGGAAAAAAAAGGACGUCGGUACAUGUCGGUUAUGUGCCCGUCUUACGAAAGUGAAAAGUGGAGGAAACCGGCGAAUCCGAUCGUCAUAGAAAUCAUCUUUGAGUUAGAUUUCACCUUUAUUCGUUACGCGCGAAUAUCGCGUUUUCAGAUCGUAAAUAAUCUGCGCCGCUGGCUUAUAUAUUUAAAAAGUAUAAGAAUCGUCGUACAAAUCGUCGCUACAGCGCUUUACUGCACGAUUGUGCGUAUCAGCGAGAUCAAGCGUGGCCGAUCGUGACGUGUGAGGAAAAUGAGGAAAAA